CACAACUGAGCUGGUGGUCACUGCAACAAAUAUUCAUGCAAACAAUUUGAAUCCAUCAUGGCAGCCAAAGACACAAUGAGAAGCAAUAAAAUGAAAAUUGUGGAGGCUUUGCGUGGAGACCGCAGUCUAAUCCUCAACAAAGUUCAAGAGGAAGAGCUCAUAACUGAACGUGAAUACAUCAACCUCAAAGACAUCCCCGGAAAGACUGUGGAGGGGCACGUCCUUGAACUUGUGGAUAAGAUCAUGAGUAAAGGAGAGCCGACCUGUCAGGACUUCCUGGAACUCCUGCAAACUGAUGAAGACAUUAUCUCGACUUACCCAACGUUGAGGAACAUACAAAUGAACACCAGGAACAUACCUACGUCUGUCCAAGCAACUAGUUCAGUUAACAGUGAUGUUGGAUCACAAGGAAGCCAAACUCAAAAAAAGGAGCCGUAUAAAUGGGAGUGCAAGCCUGUCGGCCUCUGUGUGAUCAUAAACAACAAGAACUUCAUGAAAAAAAAACCGAGAGAGGGAACUGACAAAGACGCUGAAAGUUUGGCAGAGGUGUUCAGCUGGCUGGGGUUCAGAGUCCUGAUGUGUGAAGACCAAGAAAGUGAAAAGAUGAAGGCUACUCUGCAAUACUUUGCUUCUCCAGGCGACUUGUCUCAGCUGCAGGAGUUCAGUGCAAAGGAGUGGUCUGGCAGUGAAUUCAUUGAUCCUCAGAAGGCUCCUGAACAUGGAGAUGCCUUCAUAUGCUGUGUUCUGAGUCACGGAAAAUUGGGUGAAGUUUCAGGGAUUGAUGACAAGUACCUCUCUAUUAAAGAAAUAACUAGAACAUUCAGGGAGACAGAAGACUCACCCCUCACCGGCAAACCCAAAGUGUUCCUGAUCCAGGCCUGCCAGGGGAGUAUGACACCAUCAGGAGUGAAAUCUGCAGAACAAAAUCUGCAGUGUGAUAGUUCUAAACCAGAAACCACUGCUGAUUUAGUUAAUGUUCUGGUUGCCAUUGCCACUGUUGAAGAUUAUAAAGCAGGAAGAGAUCCAUAUCAUGGGAGCUGGUUCAUCCAAUCUGUGUGUCAGAAGCUGAAGGAGGGUUGUCUAAAGGGUGAGAACAUCUCCGAAAUCUUUACCAGUGUGACCGAUGAAGUAAGCAAGAAAGACGGCAGAACCAAAGAAGGUCCAUUCAAGCAGGUGCCUGAAAUCAGGAGCACCCUGACGAAGAGUCUUGUGUUGUCGCCGCAUCACAAAUGAAGCUUAAUCUUCGAAAACCACGCAAACACAUUACAGUUCAUGUCUUGAAUUAGGGCUUUUUAUAAAAUGCACUUCUUUGUCUCUCUUUGCACCCUAAAUGUUAAAUUUUUUAAAACAUCACAUUGAAUUAUUGCUUUUUAUGAUAUAGGUCUAUAUUGUCUUAAUGAAUCUAUUUUUCACAAAGUUUGAUGAUCAC